CCAUAGAUCACAACUCACUCGAGCAUUAUCUUGUUUAGGGUUUCCCCUCUGCACUGUCAAUGUUCCUAGCCGGCUUAGGUGCCUCUGGUUGUAUGAUAAAUCAAUGGCAACAUAUCGGCAGCGAUGGCCCUGAUAAGGGGGAGUGCGGCGGCGUCCAGAUGCUUCUCCGAUUCGGUCGGCACAGUCAACCCCGAGGCCCUGGUUGGACAAAUAGUGGGACACGCCGAUCAGGAAGUGUUCAAGACAAUAACAAGCAGUUACUACUUACUAGCGGGGAGUUCAUGGAAUCACUACUCCAGAUUGCCUCCACUUGGACAAAAUUGAGACACCCAGUGCCGCAACCUCGGCCCUUUCCUAAGCCCCUUUCGACCGCCGGUAAUUUAUCGAGGCCUCUUGCCUUCAAUUAUAAGUUUAAAAGCGUUCAAAUAUGCAAAUAUUCACCUCCUUUCGCAAUUAUGGCCAGUUUAAAUUUGUCUAUUGAAGAUCCAUUUAUACUUCCACAUGGUUUGAGAGUCUCAACAGAAACACUACAACAGAAACAUGAUUCGUUCUGUAGCUUGUCUUUGGCACUUGUAAAACUGGAUAGAAAGUAGAAUUAUGAGUAUUGUACUUUCAAUUAACAUUAUUUGUGGUAUCCAUUUGUAUUUAACCCUUUGCAAUUUUUGAUUCUUGGAUAUUUGUGCUAUACUUUGAAGAGUUUUGCUUCAAUGCACACUCCCUAUAAAAUUUAAUAAAUCACGAUGCAGAUUCAAGAUGGAGAUUAGGAUAUACCCGUUCAAUCAAAAAGAUUAGAUUGUUUGAUGGAUAGGGAGAAAAGGGAAUAGAAUUAGUUGGCCAUGAACGUUUUAAGAGGGGUGUACCGAAGCAAAACUCUACAUUGAAUCAACUGUAUCCAUGUUGUACCCAUGACAUGUUCAAUAUACAUGGCAUGAUUUGAGAGAGAUAUAUUGGAAAUGCAAUUCUUUAGUGUCAUAUAUUUAGAAAAUCAUGGUUCCAAUGUCUGGUGAGGGCCGACUGUUGUUGUCCCGCCUGGAUCUUGAACCACUCCAUCGGGAAUGACUGCCUGUUUGGUGUGGUGAUCGAGGAUAUCUUCCGUUAAUAGGAAAGACACUCAAUGGAUUGUCCACCACUAAUGUCUCAUGUCCUUGCCCUUUGCUUCCAUUAGUAUUAAAUAAGUAGAAAAUAUGUUUAUUUUCAUAAUUUUGUUUCCUUGCCUGAUUUUUUAAGCAGUACUUAAGCUUACAUUCCUUUUGUACUCAUGUUACUUGUGAUGAUAUUAAGGUUGUGAUAAUAUACAUUUUACCCCGCUGGCUUAUAGAUGCUUCUAGAUUCAUUCCCUUAUAGUAAUAAAAAGGAAUGAUGUGUUCUCUGUUACACUGUUUCAUCAAUCAGAUUUAGAGAAAGUGAAAAUGAUGUGAACAUAUUUAUAUGUAGUUCAUUGGCAUUCAUAAGUCUGAGGAACGAUCAACAGCUCAGGAAAAAUAAGAAUAAAGUCGUGAAGUUAAAUUAAAUGACUUUAUGCAUAAAUGCUUAGGUACAUUACAAAGUAAAUUUCCUUAUUAUAUUUUUUUUGAAACUUCAUACAAAUUAUCAAAUUUGUAAUAUUUUUUGCUUCUGCGAUUGGACUAUAUUCUCAGUGGACGUGAAUUUUCACGUGCAAGCUUACUAUGUUCUUCUAUUUCAUAAGUUGUGAUAUUUAUUUUGAAGUAAUAUGGAAUUGUAUGCAAAGCUCUGCUGCUGCCUUGAGUAGGUCAACGUUAAGAAGAGCAUAGUAUGUGAUUGUCCAAUGACGAAGAAAUGUAAGUCGACAGUGUUGCUCAUGGGUGGCAUUCAUAGUCCCAACGUCAAGCCUGGUGCAUGUACUAUUAUGUUUUCUUCUCCAAGCCUAUCUCUUUAAAGGGGCAGUCCGGUGCAUGUAGCUCCCGCUUGCACAGGGUUCGGGAAAAGGUCCGACCAUUUUGGGUCUAUUGUACGUGGCAUUUCCUUAUAUUUUUGCAAGAGGCAGUUUUCAAGACUUAAACCCGUAACCUCAUGGUCACAAGGCAACAACUUUACCAUUGCACCAAACAUAUCUCUUUAUUGAAUAAAUUUAUGAUGUGUAUUGGACCGUA